AUGGCUAUUGACCCAGAAGCACCCGGCUUCCGGCGCUAUCGAUAUCGGGAGUUUGGAGAGGAGUGUGUAGCUGACUUUGACGAUGCACAUUUGGCGUGGAGCGGAACCUUUGAGUCUCAUACCUCCUCAGCGCAUGGUGAAUACCAAGAUAGACUGCGAGCCAUUCAAUUGCGGAAGCAAGGAUGGACGAAAGCUGACAUUGCGAAAGACAUUGGAAGGUCAGAGAAGUUUGUGGGGCGCUGGUGGCAGCUUGAACCAUUGGCCGUUCCGCGUCCACCUGGUGUUCACCAGUACCUGGCUCAUAGUAUGAUCAGUGAGAAGAAGGUGGAUCGUACAGACAUGUGGAGAGGCGUGGAAGUGGUUCGUGGGUUUUUCAAAGAUACCCUGGGCCUGUACGACGAGGUAGUCUCCAGCUUUACUGCAUGGAAACAAGGAGCUUCUGAGACCAAAGACUUUCGAACAGCGUCAUACUUUCUCCGCUAUGAUCGAGAGGGCAAAAUGCGAAUGAUGACGAUGAAAUCUGCUGGUUACAGACAUGGUGUUGUCUCAAGAUUGGAUGCUUUGGUAUCAAAAAUUCACCAGAAAAUCAAGAUUACGGAUCCAAAUCACGGUGCUGGCAUGUAUUGGUUCUCAGAUGGUGACGCGAGUGUUGGAAGCCACCGACAUGUUUUUUGGAGUGCGAGGGUAGCGCUGGGUGCUGAACGUAUCAUGAUGGUCGACAAAACACCCAUUCUGAUGCAGGAGGGAGAUUUGGUGAUCAUCGGACCUCAGCGCCAUGGAGUUCCAUCGAUGCCGGAUAUCAGUGAAGGCAGCCUGAGGAUAUCUGUUCCUUUCAAGCCCCAGAAGCAGGAGAAGGUCCCACAGAAUGACAAGAGAGCAAAGGAUGCAAAGACAGCUGAAACAGCCGGAACUGAUGUGACUGGAAAGAGUUAUGAUUCUGUGAGUGGUGGUGAAUCAGACACUUGGGAGUAUGAUGAAUGCGAAAAUGAAGAAUGGGAGAAUGACAACUCGGAUUUGCAGACACUCACCGCAAUGGGAUUUGACACCUCGGCCUCUGCUACAGCUCUUCAAGUCUGCGGAAGCCUGGAGAGAGCAAUAGAUGCUUUGACAAAUGACGACUUUGCUGAGAUGUUAAAAGACUUAAAAGGCGAAUUUGGCCAGGAAUCGGAUGAUGUGGACGAAAGUUUAGCCCGUAGGUUGCAGAUGGAAGAGCUGCAGGAGGACACGAGAGAUUCCGAGCUUCAGGAGCAGUUUGAAGAGUAUGAACGUCUAUUGGAGAUUGAUGAUGCUGAGAGGGCUUGGGAUGGAUAUGGAGACUUGAUGCACAACUCCAUGCGAAGGGCCAAUUUAAACCUGGACAUGCUUGGUCCACAAAUACUGUUUUCCAUUGGUGCUGCGGCUCAGACUGAGAAGCAGUUCUUUGAACUCUUGUCUCUACAUUCAAUUCGAAUUUUGUAUGACUUUAGGCCUACUGAUUACAGAGAUGAGGUGCGAUGCCAACAGCCUCAUUUUGAAAUUCGCAUUUUGAAAUCAAAUUGUCGCCAGCGGCACAUUCACUAUCGUCACGUGGCCGUGGGCCGAGAGACUGCCUAUGGCACAUUGAAACAUUUGCAGAGUGAUGAAGUUCAGCACAUCUUGGUGGAGUUGGUUUGGCAGGCGAAGCAUGGAGGACGUACAGCAUUUCUGGGCCUGGAGGAGGAUUGGCGUGCCGAUGGAAGAGUGGCCCUGGCUGAGGAGCUGGUGAAACAUGAGCAUCGAGUCCAUCACAUUCGUGGAGAUGGUUCCAUCGAAGGACACCAAGUGGGGACUGCGAUGCCUGACUUUUUGGUGCAGGAAGAAUCACGUCUUCGGAAAGUCCAUGCGCAACGCCAGGCAGGUGAACUUCAGCGCCCCGAAAAAUCUGUGGAUCGAAGCACCGAGGCGGUGGCUCGGUCCUUAGCCACGGAGAAGACACAGUUCGAUGUAUCUGCGGAACUUCGAGAUGCUGAGAAUCAAGAUGCUCUGGCACGAGCCCAAAAACGGAUGGUCCGCAUGCAGGUCUCUGCCAGUAAGAAGGAAGCAGGCUUGGGAAAGAAGCAGUUGAUUGCCGUGCCUUCACACAUCACACGGGAAGCAGCUGCAGUGCGAGAACGACUGGAGGUCAAAAAAGGUGAGAAAAUGAAAACCAAAGAACACUCUGAGGCAUCUACAGAGCCGCUUGGCCCUGGAAGUAGUGCAGCUGCGUCUUCUUCGAAUUCUGGGCCAUCGCACUCCUUUGCCCCAUUGCAGGUUACUUCAGCAACUUCAGAUGUUAAUUCGUUCAUAGAAAGACCUGGUGAGACUGAACCUUCUGAUUACGCAGGGUAUCCAUUUGCAGUGCCUGCAGCUCCAGCGCAGCCCGAGCAGAACGAGCAGCCCGAGGAGCGUCGCCGCCGCUGGGGUCCAAGAGAAGGACAGGGUGCUGGAGCUCCGACAGGUCCGACAGGUCCGACAGGUCCGACAGGUUCUGCAUCGGAGACACAUGUGCUGCGACGUUGGGCGAGAAGCACCUGA